AUGUCUAGUGCAAAAGAUUCAGCCUACAAAUCUCACGCGCUCAACCCCCUCAUCAAGGAAGACCACUUAGCCAGAAGCUUGUCUGCCCGCCAGGUCAACUUGAUCUGUAUCGCCGGCUGUAUCGGGUCUGGUUUGUUCUUAUCCACGGGUAAGGCGCUUGCCAGCUCCGGCCCGGCCUCUCUUUUGAUCUGUUACGCAAUCAUUGCCGUCAUAGUGUAUUUCACCAUGCUCUCGCUCGGUGAAAUGUCCACCUACACGCCUAUUGCCGGCUCUUUCUGUUCGUUCGCCACCAGAUACGUCGACGAGGCCUUUGGGUUUGCCUUAACAUGGAACUACUGGUUCAAUGACGCGGUCAGUGUUGCCUCUGACUUGACAGCACUUCAGUUGAUUAUGAAGUACUGGACCGACUGGCACCCAUGGGCCAUUUCGCUUAUUUUCUGGGCUGUUUUGGUUGGUUUGAACCUGGUCAGUGUUCGCGUCUACGGUGAGUUCGAAUACUGGUUGGCGAUCUUGAAGGUGGUGACUAUCAUUAUCUUUAUUAUUUUGGGUAUUGUCGUCAACUGCGGUGCCAACACCAGCAAUCAAUACAUCGGUUUCCACUACUGGUACAUCGGGGAUGCUCCGUUUGUCGAUGGGUUCAAGGGUUUCGCCAAGGUCUUUGUUUCCGCUGCCUUCGCCUACGGUGGAACCGAAUCCAUUGCCAUCACCGCGGGUGAAACCAAGAACCCCUCCAGAGUCAUGCCUAAGGUCGUCAAGAUGGUUUUCUGGAGAAUCUUGUUCUUCUACCUCCUUUCCGUCUUGAUCAUUGGUAUCAACGUCCCAUACAACUAUAAAGGCUUGGAAACCAAAAACUCCGCUACUUCUCCGUUCACGAUUGUGUUUCAGAUGGCAGGGUCCAAGGCUGCUGGCUCGUUCAUCAAUGCGGUCAUUUUCACCUCUUUAAUCUCUGCCGGUAACCACGCCAUGUACGCCGGUACCCGUUUGUUGUACAGUUUGGGGGCCCAGGGUUACGCUCCAAAGGUGUUCACCACGUUGUCAAAGAACAAGGUUCCGUACGUGGCGUUAGCCGCUACCUCCGCUGUCUCCGGCUUGUGCUUCGGUGCCUCGUUCAUCGGUGCGGGUACUCUCUGGUCUUGGUUGCAGAACUUGGUUGGUGUUUCUAACCAGCUCGCUUGGUGGUCCAUCGGUCUUACCUCCUUCAGAUUCCGCAAGGCUAUGGAUCUCCAAGGGAAGACCCACUUGUUGAAGUUCAAGAGCUGGGCCAACCCAUGGGGUAACUACGUUGUGGUUAUUGGCACCACCGUUAUCAUCUUGAUCCAAGGGUGGAGCUCCUUUGCUCCGUGGAACGUUUCUAAUUUCUUCUCAAACUACAUCGAAUUGGGGGUCAUGCCAGUUAUGUAUCUCGGCUGGAAGCUUAUCAAGCGCACCAAGUAUGUCAAGUUGGAGGACAUGGACUUGGAGACCGACAAAUACAUAGAAACAGAAGAUGAGAAGUUGGAGAAUGAGGAGUUGAGUAAUUUGAAGGGCUGGCCGAAGUGGAGAAGAGAGAUUCUCUCCUUUAUUGUUUAA